AUGGCCUUUUAUCCCAGGAAAUUUCUGAAUGAAUCACUAAUUGAUCCUAGUAUAGAGCGAAUUUGCACACCUUAUUGUAAUGGAAUAAAAAACCAGGAUGGUGCUUGUCCAAUUACAUGCAUCGGUCUCUGUUUUCCGACCUGUAACCGGCCAAUAUUACUUCGAAUCCCCUCGCUGCCGCCGGCACAGCUAAGUUUCUUCCCCGCCGAAUUCGAGCCACCACCGGAUAAACCUCACAAACUCUCUCUUCUGCUCACCAUCUCUCUUGCUAUAUUAGCUACAGUUUUCUUUCUCUGGGCUUGUUACACCAUCUAUAAGUUCUAUUCUAAUUGGCAGAAUUCGAGGGCGGCACGGCGGCAGCCACCUGAAGAGGUGGAGGAGGAGGGCCAAGAUCAACUUUUUGAUGAAGAUCAUCUAGCGGCUAUCAAUCCAAUAUGGUACAUCAGGACUGUUGGUCUUCAACCAUCGGUUAUAAGUGCAAUCUCAACAGUCAAGUAUAAAAAGGGUGAUGGACUUAUUGAAGGAACAGACUGUUCGGUUUGCUUGAAUGAGUUUCAAGAAGAUGAAACUCUUAGAUUGUUGCCUAAAUGCAACCAUGCUUUUCAUAUAUCUUGUAUUGAUACUUGGUUCAGUUCACACACUAAUUGCCCCAUGUGUAGGGCCAGUAUUGUGAUCAGCACAUCAGGCAUUCCACCGCAGGAGCAAAUUGUGCAUAAUUCAGGCCUAGUGGAGGAAACCCGAGUCGAUAUUUCAGAGAACGACGGGGAACUCAGAAGAGAAACAGAAGAAGAUUUCGAGUUGACAGUUGAGAUUGAGGAUGAAGACGAAUCACAGGCUCAAAACGAAUCAAAGAGUCACGAAUAUUGUUGA